AUGGGGGCUCAAACCAAGAGCACCAGGAGAGAAUCUGACUUGUCGCCAGUGGGUACUGCCCUAACGGUGGGGGUCUUCGCGCCCCUCUGGGCGGGGCCUGGAAGCCGCUGCGGAGAGCGGAAGUGCGCCGUCUCUGAGGAGUGCGGGGCGGUGCGGGGAGGUAGAGGCACGCGGCGUGGGAGGAAGGGUGGGGGCGCAAGGGUGAAAGAACCGGACCGCGAGGUGAGGCGGGAACAGAGAGGGUACGCGCGAAGGCGGGGGUCUAGGGGCGUGGCCUGGCCUGGCCUGGGGACGUGGCCCGGAACGCGGCGCGGGCAAAUCGGACUCCCUGAUUCAGCUCAGUCCCGGCCGGCGUGGGCGGCUGUCCAGGUCCACUUCGUUCGCUGGGCAGAGGGUACGGAGCCCAGGCAGCCUGCGGGUCCGGCGCGCCCGGGAGUCAGAACCCCGAGGAUCCCUCGGGAGCGAGUGCGCCGGCUCUUCGGGGGAAGGCCCGGCCGGGCAGGGGCCAUCCACGUAACUGCCACACCAGGAAUCUCCAAUAUGCAGGGACAAGAUAACACCUGUUCUGCAUCAGGCCCUGGGACAUCCGGCUAUAUACUGAGUGACAUCUCCACCACCACUCAGAGGACCUUGGAGAUGACUGGAGCUGAAUGAAGAGAAAUGAAUGGCUAUUUCUUAUUAGCAGGACAGAACUGACAGCUCUGUGUCCUCAGUACUGG